UCAGUCUUCGACUUUCCACAACCUUCCGGAAGCAGCGCACCCCACCGGAUUGCUCUCCAAGUCCAAGGCAAAACCCAAACCCGCGACCAGAAAUCCGGCCAAAUCCCCUCCCUCAACUCAGAUCCCCAAUAUCGUCCCGCACCAUGGGUUGGCGUUGGCACGACGAAGAAGGCGAGGGCGACGGUGACCGGGGGCUCGGCGACAUCCCCGGCCGCGGCGGCGAGGGGGCGCACCUCGGCACGCGCCGGGUGGUGCAGUCCCGCUGCCGCACGGAGGAGGUGGAGCCCGGCCGCUUCGUCCGCAAGUGCGAGAAAACCGAGCAGCUCCUCCGCGACUGCAUCGGCAGGCCCUCUGAACUGGUGGAAUCAAAAACUGAGAACACUGAAGAAGAUGUCACAGAUGAAAUGACAGGUGCUUCACACUCUCUUGGGUUCCCAGCAAAAGAACCCUUUGCAUUUCCAGGACUUCGCAGCGACAUAGAAGCUAUUGAGAAAGGCUUCUCCGGGAGCAUUGGUAGCUUUAUGGAGGAAGCUGAGCGGAUCACCAAUGAUUUCUUCAAAUCUUUUGGUUUUCCUUCCAUUGAUGAUGGAGAGCCGAGACGACUGCCUAGGCAACCUACAGAGAGGCAUACCGAGGACGGUAGUUCUAAGAAGGCCAAUGAGAAUGACUACUCAAAUUUCGGGAGCCAGAUCACAGACGUGUAACAAGUUGUGGUCAUAUCUGAUGCCUUUUGGGUACUGAAGCCUGGGAGCUGUCUCAAUGCAUAUCUAGGCUCCUUAGUUCCUUAUUUGGUUUCCCUGUUGAACACUUUGUUGUGCAACGGAUUUUAUCUGAAGCGUUCGGCUUGUAGUUGUAGGGGCAUUCUGUAUAGUACUGUUUUCAAAUUUCCGUACUUCUGCAUCAAUAAUGAGAUGGGCUGUGCAUGUUUUGUUUUACUGAAGACCACAUUAUAGAGGCUUUGCCGUCUUUGUACCCACCUGUACUAGCUUUCUUGCAAAUCACAUGAUCUAUUUGAGCGAAGGGAACAGUGUUUUUCUUUUUUA